GUGUGCAGAGGUGGACAGCGGGGGCCCUCUGAGGCAGAUAGGAGACUAGAGUCUGAUGCUCUGAGUGGACCGCAUGCCUCUGUUGGACUCCAGCUCUGAUGUGAAGCUGUGCUGACGUCUCAAUCCUUCCCAUCCCAGGGGGUGGCAAGACCUUCAUCCCUUCCAGCCGUUCAGAGAAUUGUGCCAGACACGAGGAGGGAUGGGGAACAGCAGAAGCCAGUCGGGGCCGAAUGUUUGCUCCCAGUUUCUUCCUGAGGAGCAGGCGGAGAUCGACAGACUGUUUGACGCUCUGUCGUCGGAGACACACGGCUCAGACACCUCGUCCCAGUCCUUCUCCCUGAAGGCGCUAAAGAAGCAUGUUGGGGAAGCUCUUCCCCCGGAGAUGGUCACCAGACUCCAUGAUGGCAUGCGGACGGUCGACCUGACGGGGAAGGCCAAGGGGCCCAGCGACAACGUCUCCCAGGAGCAGUUCAUAGUGUCCAUGUCCCGCCUAUUGAAGGGAAACUCCGAGGAGAAGAGUCUUGUAAUCCUGAAAAUGAUUUCUGCCACAGAAGGUCCUGUGAAAGCAAGAGAAGUCCAGAAGUUUACAGAGGAUCUGGUUGGCUCUGUGGUGCAUGUGCUCAGCUACAGACAGGAGCUGAGAGGCUGGACCCAGAAGAGAGGCCCAGGUCCCCCCGCCAGGGUGCAGGCGUUGGCUGCCCAGCUCUUCUCCGAGAUGGACAUUCAAGGUGGCGAGAAGCUUCCAGGGCCUCAGCAGCUGGACCGUGAGUGUGACCGAGCCAUGAUCGAGGCCUGGGUGUUCAGGGCCCCCCUCGUGGCCACGUUUCUGAGCGUGGUCGUCCACCGAGGCUUCCUCCUCCUGCACUCCCCCCUCGACCUGGCCGCCCUCGUCCCCGAGCGUCACGUUGACCAGGAGAGGGUGUUCGAGAGCGUCCUGGACGUCCCGUCGGUCAUCUACAUCAACUCCCACCUGCGCCCCGAGCAGCGGCAAAGUUGGCGGCUGCUCUUCUCGUCCGAGCUGCACGGACACAGCUUCGCCCAGCUGUGCGGCCGCGUCACCCACCGGGGCCCCUGCGUGCUGCUGCUGGAGGACCACGCCGGCCAGGUGUUCGGCGGCUUCGCCUCCUGCUCCUGGGAGGUCAAGCCUCAGUUUCAAGGGGACGACACGUGCUUCCUGUUCUCCAUCUCGCCCCGCAUGGCCGUGUACACGUCCACGGGUUACAACGACCACUACAUGUACCUGAAUCACGGGCAGCAGACCAUCCCGAACGGACUGGGCAUGGGAGGACAACACAACUACUUCGGGCUGUGGGUCGAUGUAGAUUUCGGGAAAGGACACAGCAAGGCCAAGCCCAAGUGCACCACCUACAACAGCCCUCAGCUGUCGGCACAGGAGAACUUCGGCUUUGAGAAGAUGGAGGUGUGGGCCGUGGGGGACACCUCAGGGUCGCAGCAGGCCAAGAGCAACAAGAGCAUCCUGGAUGUGGACCCUGAGGCCCAGGCCUUGCUGGAAAUCAGUGGGCGGAGCCGCCACAGCGAAGGGCUCCGGGACAUCCCGGAGGCUGAAUGAGGAGGUUUCCCCGAGCUCGGGCCUUCCUGGGUGCUGGCCCCUGGACAGAGGGCAGCCUGCGGGGCCCUCCCCAUCGCACGUGUUCAACACAGGGCCGCGCUGGCCACGUCCAGCUGGUCUGGGACGCGCUGAAUCGGAACUCAGUAAAAUUCCUUUGGUGCCGCAUGUGGAUUGGUGGGUACGCUUCGCAGGAUCCCUGGGUGUCGUUGGCAG